AUGGAAGGGACGUUACAAGAAAUGUUUGAAGAAGUAGAAACAGCAUUGUACAAAUUGGAAGAUUUGAAUGAGAUGUUGGAAUUACAAAAUAGACAAUUGGAUCAUAGAUUUCAAUUAGCUUUAUAUAAAGAGAAAAAGCUUGCAGAAUUAAAUGUCAUUAAAGAGAAAUUAGCCAAUGAACAUUCUGAAAGAGUAUCCAAGUAUGAACUUAAGCAACAGAAAAUGAUGAAAGAAAGAAGAGAAACUUUUGACGAGGUUUUCAAAGAAGAAGUUAGAGAAUAUAAGGCAACAGGAUCUAUACCAAAGUUACCAAUAACACAACAAGGGCCUUCGUUGGAUGAGGUACUAGAUGAGGUUUUAGAUGAAGAUGCAGCAGUAUUUGAUGAAUUCUUAAAGAAUUAAAAAUCUGCUUCGUUCACAUUUUUCGGCUCACUUGAGUUAACAAUUUUCUUACGUAAAGAAUGUGUAUAAACUUGAGAAAUUUAUAAAUAGUUACGUCACGUAUAAGAAUAUU